AUGGCGGCACGCAAGAUUGGCUUCUUCGAGAAGCAGGCCAACCUGCUCGGCGUUCUCUACCGCCACCAGGCCAACCAGUUCCCGCGACGCUGGGAGCUCCUCAAGGGAGUCGCCAAGAAGGAGCUGGCCCCGCCAUCGGCCGCCGAUCUGCCCGCCAUCAAGGCCGAUUUCGCCAAGUUCGCCAACGCCAUCCAGUCCGGCGCCUACAAGCAGCUCUCCGUUCGUGAAUUCCUCGCCUACUCUGCCGUUGCCCUCGAGAUCGUCUUUGUGUUCUUCGUUGGUGAGAUGAUUGGCCGCAGGAACGCCGUCGGAUAUUUGGUGCCCGCCGACUACGUCUCGAAGGAGACCCGAAAGCAGGCGAAGGCGCUCAAGCCCGCGGACCCGCACGCCUUC